AUGUCGCCUUUCAAUCUGACGGAAACCUCGUCCUUCCACACCCUAGAAAUCACUGUGCUAUCAUGUGAAGACUUGCGUAUUAAUGGCAGAUCGGUGAAGAAGAACACUUGUGUUGUUGUUCGGACGGACCCUCUAAACUUUCGCGAAACAACAACCGACACCGAAGGAGGAAGCUAUCCUUCAUGGGACCAAAAACUUGCUCUAGAUAUGUCAAUGCGAGAAACCUGUAUAACCCUAGAAGUGCAUUGCAGGACUCUUUCUGUGGAUAGAAUUAUUGGUUCAGCAAGAAUGCCUGUGAGUGAUUUCAUGGGAGGGUAUUUCCCAGAGGGUUAUUUGAGCUUUUUGAGUUAUAGAUUGAAGGAUCCAAAAGGAUUUGAGAACGGGAUUAUUAAUGUUUCGGUGAGACUGAGAGCGCCGGAAUAUUUGGCCAGGAAGAAGAAGGUCAUCUUGCCCGAAGACAGAUGUUCGACAACACAUCCCGCGUUGGCAUUGCCGGCAAUGGAUGGAAAGAAUUAUGACGGGGUUGACUGGUAUUCCUGCUCGAAAUACUAA